AUGGAAGAUUCAAAGGACUCCGAUGAAGCUCCUCUUUCGGUUGUUCUAGGGACACCGAUCAAGCCUCAACAGUCUCUCAAAUUCUAUGUUAGACGUAAAUCUCUUAAGCUUUCCAACAAACCACAAGACACCGAUCCAGGAGGAUUGACCAAUGCAGCUUCAGAUUCUAACAUAGAGAGUAUUAGCAACAACGAGCUCGAAGGAAAGUUGUUUUCCCAUGGAGAUUAUGGUUUUGUGAUUAUGAAAAAGAGUGAAGAAUCGGAGGUUCCCAAAGGUGAGGAGAACAAAACUUCAAAAGAAGAAUCUGGAGAAAAAUGUGAUAAGUCAAAGACUCCUCAAGAUGAAAAAAGCUCUACAUCCACUACAACAAAAGGCGUUAACGGAAAAGGAAAGACGAAGAACUCCAAAGUGAAACCAAAGAAGGAAAGAUUCUGCAGACCACGAAUCUUGGAAGAAGGGAGAAAACCAAGGAAUCCUACCACUACGAGAAUGAGAACUAUAUCUAUGAGGAAGAGGAAGAAUGAGAAAGGCAAUGAAGAGCAGGAAACUAUAGCUGAGCCUAAAACUCCUCAGAAGCAGAGUUUCCCAAAGAGAAGAAAAACCGAGGCCAAACGAAAAAACGUAGCUCGGACGUUGAUCUUUGAUGAUGAAAAGGUUCCCAUCUGUCUUAAGCUCAGCAGAAAACCAGGGCCUAAUUUUCCAAAAGGGAGAAGGAGGAUGGCGGCAGUUCGCAGAACUGAUCUCCGUGGUUUGAUAUCACCGAUAUCAUUUUCAGUGUCCAUUUGGAAAAGGCAAUCAAGAAGGUCUCAUCGUAAGAAAAAUGUUGUCAGAUGGGCUAGAAUUGCUUUGUCCUUUCAAUGUCUAGAAGGAACCUUACCUUUGGUAACAAUUCUUCCGAAAGACAACAGCAUCUCGUCUCAAACAGAUGUUUCCUUAAAGACUGAAGACAAGAAAAUGAUAACUGCUAGUAAUGUAGCAGCGAAGGUGGAUCCAGUGCAGUCUAAAGGCAGAAAAAGAACGAAAGAUGUUGUUGAGCAUCAUAAAGUCCAAAAACAGCGCAUUAAAAAACCUGUUGAUGUUGAGAAGCUCUCAAUCAAAGAUAAAAGUCAUGAGAAAAAUGAAUGUCAAUCUGUUGUAGUCCAAAAGCAGCGCAUGAAAAAACCUGUUGAUGUUGAGAAACUCUCAAUCAAAGAUAAAAAACCUGUUGAUGUUGAGAAGCUCUCAAUCAAAGAUGUUCCAGUUCAAGUUCAGAUCCAAGAAACACCAGUGACGGCUUCAAGUAACGUAAACUCAAAGCUACACAAGAAAAGAAUGAAGGAGUUUGAUGCGCAUUUGAUCCAACAGUUGAAUUAUCAAAAAGAACACGGCCUUUCAUCUCUAGCUGAUGUUCCAUUGCACAUGGAAGAUACACUUAUGAGAUCUGUUUGUGACGUAGUCCAAGAACGUCCAGUAAAAAAAGCCAAGGAUGUUGCUAAGUUAAUCAAAGCGUUGAGCAGAUUAAAUCUCAACAAAACGAGGGUAACAGCUUUGGGCAAGGCAAAGAAACAACUUGUUACCGCAAAAGUUGAUCUUGAUCCUGAAACCAUUAAGGAGUGGGAGCUAUUGAUGGAAAAUGAUAGUCCAAGCAGAUCAUAUGCCGAUGAGGAGACAGAGUCCAAGUGGAAAGAGAAAAGGGAGAUAUUUAAAGCUCAUAUAGAGCUUUUCAUCAACCGGAUGCAUCAAUUGCAAGGGAAUAGAAAAUUCAAGAAGUGGAAAGGCUCAGUUGUUGAUUCAGUGGUUGGAGUUUUUUUGACACAAAACGUGUCUGAUUAUCUUUCAAGCAAUGCUUUUAUGAGUGUGGCUGCAAAGUUUCCCAUAGAUGUAAAAGAAAGUCUGGAAAGCCUAGCAUAUUCCGUCGAGGAACCUCUAGAGGUUAAUGACUCAGUUGUUGAUGAGCAAAGACCAAUUCAUAGUGGGGACGAUGAUGCUAAAAGUUUGCCGGAGUCUAUCUCCUUUCCAGAAAAUGUGGAAAAACGUGAAAAUGUUGCACAGAGGAAAAACAAAAAAACCGGUAUCAUGGAAGAUGAGAAAGUUGAUUGGAAGAAUCUGAGAAAAAUGUUCACCAAAGAAGGACAUCGGGACGUGAUGCAUGAAGACAUUGUUGACUGGGAUGCUGUGAGAUUAACUGACCAACAAAAUCUUGCAAAUACCAUCAAGAAACGGGGGCAACACAAUGAACUUGCCAGGAAAAUAUUGAAAUUCCUCAAUGACGAAGCAGAGCAAAAUGGAACUGUGGAUCUUGAAUGGCUCCGUGAUGGUCCAUCUGAUCUAGUAAAGAGAUAUCUACUGGAGAUUGAAGGGAUAGGGUUAAAGAGUGCUGAGUGCGUACGGUUGUUAGGACUGAAACAUGCUGCUUUCCCGGUUGAUACUAACGUCGGACGUAUAGCAGUUCGUCUUGGUUGGGUUCCUCUUGAACCUUUAUCAAAUGGAGUUCAAAUGCAUCAGUUAUUUCAUUACCCUUCAAUGGAUGCAAUUCAGAAGUAUCUUUGGACAAGACUAUGUAAACUUCCUCUAGAAAUUCUGUACGAGUUGCAUUAUCAAUUGAUAACCUUUGGAAAGGUUUUUUGUACAAAAGUUAUUCCCAAUUGUAAUGCGUGUCCCAUGAAAUCAGAAUGCAAAUACUUUGCAAGUGCAUAUGUCAGUUCCAGCACCCUUCUAGAAGGUCCAAAAGAAAAGACACAUGAGCCAGAUUCCUCUAUGCCUUCAGAUUAUCAGGAUGUUGGUGCAAAUCUGACAUCGAAGAUAAAUUCCAUAGAGGAAUAUGUUGCUUCCGAAUGCAGUAAUCAAAAUAACUGUUGUGAAUCAGUGGUUGAGUUUCCAUCUGCUCCAAGCACGGAAAUUCCAGAGUUAAUUGACAUUGAAGAUACACCUUGCAGAACUCCUUGUCAGUCUCAUGAAGAAACUCCUGAAAUCGGCAUUGUUGUUGAUAAAAUUCCUGAAACUGGUUUUGAUAUGGAUGCAUUGAAGAAAAAUGUAAUGGAUGCACUUUCAAGAAGUGGAAAGAUGCAGGAGAGUAUUAGUGACGAGGUAUCAAAAGCAUUAGUACUUCUAACUCCACAAAAUGCAUUGAUUACAAUGGAGCUGCCUCAUAAACUAAAGUAUUAUGACAGGCUAAGAACUGAACAUCUGGUUUAUGUGCUUCCUGAUAACCACGAGCUCCUCAAUGGUUUUGAGAAACGAGCACAUGAUGAUCCUAGUCCAUACCUUCUUGCGCUUUGGCAACCAGGUGAAACGCUAAACUCGUCGAGUCCACCAAAGCAGAGGUGUGAGUUAACCGGAUUGAACUUCUGCAAGUUCAAGAGUUGUUCUCGUUGUUGGUCUUUACGAGAAGAAGAAUCAAACAUUUACCGUGGAACAAUCUUGAUCCCUUGUAGAACAGCAACGCGAGCUGGUUUCCCUCUCAAUGGAACAUACUUCCAAACAAAUGAGGUCUUCGCAGAUUACGAGACGAGUGUGAGACCUAUUGUCUUUCCAAGAGAAUUGUGUGACGGGCUAGAAAAGCGUGCACUAUACUGUGGCUCAUCGGUGACAUCGAUUUUCCGAUUAUUAGACGGAAAAAGAGUUCGAUUCUGCUUUUGGGCAGAAGUGGAGCAAUCCAUGGUUUGUGAAGUGAAAUGA